UGACUAAGGCCAUAUCCCCCCAUAAAAGCCAAAUCCAAAAGCACUCUAGUUUCCACAAAUUUCUGUUAGACGAAAGCAAGCCAAAUUUCUUCCAAAACUCUUUUAGAAUCUCAUGUCUACCCAAAACAGCAUUUGCUCUCACACUCAUAAUGAUCAUAAUGGCGUGGAAAAAGCUCCAGUCAUUGUGGUUAUGGUACCCUUCCCAUUGCAAAGCCAUCUAAACCAGCUCUUGCAGCUUUCCCAUCUCAUUUCUUCUUACAAUAUCCCUGUUCAUUAUGUUGGUUCUACAUUCUACAAUUCCCAGGUCAGGUCUCGCUCUCGUAUUCAUGCUGACCCUGCUAAUAUCCAUUUCCAUGACUUCCCAACUCCUCCUUUCACCUCUGAGUACUCCUCCUCUGAUUUUCUCUUCCCUUCCUUUCAUGCCACCAAGCACCUUCGUGAACCAGUCUCUGCUCUUCUUCACCAACUCUCCUCAAAAGCCAAGAGACUUAUCAUUAUCAAUGACGUUUUAUCGGCUUCAGUAGUACAGGAUGCUCAAACUCUACCCAAUGCGAAAUCCUACAUCUUCUAUAGCGUCUCUGCUUUUGACGUUUUCACUCACAUUUGGGAGGCCAUGGGAAAACCUUUUCAGCUUGAAGCUGAAAUUAUCCCCAGUGAGCUUCCGUCUCUCCAAGACUGUGUAACCCCUGAGUCUUUAAGAUUGAUGACUGAUCAAUAUCAAUUUGUGGGAUCUAAAGCUGGAGAGCUAUACAAUACAACCAGAUCCAUAGAAGCCACUUAUGUCGAUCUUCUAAGGAAAGUUAUGAAUGGCAAUGGAAAGAUUUGGGCAAUUGGACCCUUAUUGCCCACAAUAACAUCAUCGUCCAACAACUCCAGCUGUUCAAGUGGACGAGAAAAAUGUUUGGAGUGGUUAGACAAACAAGGACCUAACUCUGUUUUGUACAUUUCUUUUGGAACCACAACUUCCCUGGAAGAUGAACAGAUUGAAGAACUGGCUCUUGGGUUGGAGCAGAGUGGGACGAAGUUCGUUUGGGUAUUGAGAGAUGCAGAUGAAGGAAAUGCUUCUGGAGAAGGUAGAAAAAGAGCUCUACUUCCAAAGGGGUUCGAGGAAAGAGUGAAAGAAGUGGGAAUGGUGGUGAGAGAUUGGGCUCCCCAAAUUGAAAUUUUGGGGCACCCAUCGAUAGGAGGGUUCAUGAGUCACUGUGGGUGGAACUCUUUUAUGGAGAGCAUUAGCAAUGGAGUGCCAAUUGCUGCUUGGCCAAUGCAUUCGGAUCAGCCUAGGAAUGCAGUCCUAAUAACUCAACUGCUUAAAGUUGGUGUAUUUGUGAGAGAAUGGGAAAAGAGAGACCAAAUAGUGAGAUCAACUGCGAUUAGCAAAGCAGUGAAGACAUUAAUGGCAACAGAUGAGGGAAAAGAGAUGAGGAAAAGGGCUAGAGACAUGGGUAGUGCAGUUCAAAGGUCUACUGAGGAAGGAGGAGUUUCUCGCAUGGAAUGGGACUCCUUCAUCGCUCAUAUUACAAGUUAAUCCACUCAUAGUUAAUCGUGUUUAGUUUUAUCUUUUUUCUGUUGUACGUUGUUGUCGUUGUUGUUGCUGCUGCUGCUGAAUAAAACCCAGAUGUUAAUUCUA